GGGGAAGGAAGUAUUUCGGUAUUUCUGACAACGUUUUGACUUCUGACAUUUGCGAUUUUGAAAGUGUGCCAUUGUCAAUAGAGAUUUUUCUAACUUGAAUCAAACUAAUAAGCGUGCCAACUUGAUAUUUUUAAAAUGCAACCUAUAGCCUAUUUAGUAAAAGAAGCUCUUCCGAAUUAUUUAUCUAAUUUACCAAUACCCGAUACGAUUGGAGGAUGGUUCGGAUUAGGAUUAAAGGAUAUAGUAGCUCUUGUUCCUCCAGCAGCUGUAGUAGCAGGUAUUACUUAUAUGUCAUAUAAAGCAUUUUGUCCAAAAGGUCGUUGUGGAUCAAAAUCUGGUUGCAGUGCAGUUAAUCCUGGAAUACUCAAACAGAGUGACAAAGUUGUUGACUCUGUUGAUAUAGAAGAUAUUGCUGAUAAGGCAGUAUUCUGUAGAUGUUGGAGAAGUAAAAAACUGGCCCUAUUGUGAUGGUAGUCACAACAGUCACAACAAAGAACAAGGCGACAACGUUGGUCCACUAAUUGUCAGCAAGAAGAAGUAA